UGUGUUAUCGGCCAAAUAUCGCUACAAAACGUAAACAUCUGUUUUUUUCGCUUUUAAUGAAUUUAAGAAAAACUCCAGGAAAAUGGAGCGCAAGGAAGUGGACACCCAGCAGUUCAUCGAAAAUACGCUGCUGGCGAACCACUUCAUCAUGGAUCUGAUAGAUCAUACCUACAAAUCCGAAGGACCCACGAAUCUCAGCACGAAUCCCAGCUCCGGGAACUCCGAGAGCGGUGUGGGCUAUGUGGAAAAGGUAUCGCUGACGCCGGAGAUCAAUUUCCACAACACCAUCUUUCAGUUUGUGAACAAAUCAUCGCCGGAAAACGAUGUUGUGCCCCACCAGGCGGAUACGCAGCCCACUUUUCCGGCCCUGGCCAUUGAGCCCACGGUGCCCAUCGACGUGUCCACGGGUCUGCACGAGGACGAGGAUCUCCUCUAUGCGCACAACAACGCCUCCUGCACGAACGCCCGCAAGGUGCUGCCGCACAAGAAACGCAUUUCGCGAAAGCUCAAGGGCAACAUAGAUCCAGAACUGGAGCACCAGCACAAGCACGUCCAGGAUGUGACCCCCUCUGCGCUCUAUAGCUGUGAAAUAUGCGGCUACGCUGUGCACACCCAAUUGGACUUCUUCGCCCACCUGAAGCAGCACUACGAGCCCACCGUUCUGGAGCAGCGUCUGGUGGUUCAGGAUCCUCAGCACCAGCAAAAGGAACCCCUGGACAUGUGUGGCUUGUCCGCCCAGGAUAAGCUGCAACAGGAGCAGGCGAAACUGGAUCAGGUUUUUCAAGAUGUGCAGCUGAACUUUGAGAACUUUCACAACAUCGGUCACCAUGUGGACGAUGUGGCCAACGUCGGAGUGAAUAUGGUGCUGCAUGGACAACCCACGGACAAACUAAAUCCCGUGGUGGUUAACACCAACAGCACUACGAAUUCUGUACCCGUGGUGGACGACGUGGAGUUCAGCGACACGGAAGACAUGCUCGAGGGUAUCCGCAAUGUGGUGGACAAGGUGUCAAUAGAGGACACCUGCGAUGAACUGGUGGAUCUUGAACUGACCUCCAGUGGAAUGACGGCCCCCUGGUUUAAUAACAACUUCAGGGAUAUCACAUUUCCGGCGCUUCUGCUGCCAGGGGAGCCGCCGCCAGCGUCUUCAGAACCAGCUACUCCACUGCUAAAAGAGAAUCCCCAUGUCAGCGACCACAUGGCACUCGAUUUUCUUAGUCCCGAGAAGGAGGACCCACAAGAGGAGGCCAAACUGGAGAAAACUCUGUCUAAAGCCUGCGAGCCAAAUGAGCAAACCCUGUUAGUCGCACCACCUGCCUGCCAAACACCACCGAUUCCCUCAGUUCCCCCAGCCAACUCCUCCAUUGAGCAGCUGCGCAGAUCCCCUCUAGUAUUAGAUGAGGCCUUCAAGUUGGAAGAGGACGACAUGACCGAUAGCCGACCAGCUUCGUCGUUUGAGGAAGGAGAUCCCGACGCUGAAGAGCCGAAUGAAAGUUUCCAAAUGGAUGCCUUGGAUACGAGCUUAUCCGAGGAGACAGAGAACAAGACGAGGAGGAAGCAUUUCUGCGACAAGUGCAACCGCGAUUUCAACUCGUACAAUGCCCUGAAGUACCAUCAGUACACUCACAAUCAGCAGCGAUCUCACAAAUGCGACAGCUGCGAGAGAUCCUUCUACACGCAGAGUGCGCUGAAGGCUCACGAAAGGACACAUUCCGGCGUGAAACCCUUCAAAUGCGACAAGUGCGACUUUCAGUUUCGGCAGUGGGGUGACCUAAAGUACCACUUCAUCUCGCGGCACAGCGACGUGAAGGCGCACAUGUGCGAAUUUUGUGGAAAGAGUUUUUCGCGGCGUUACUCGCUGGUUGUCCACCGCAGAAUUCACACCAGGGAGAAGAACUACGCUUGCCAACAUUGUGACAAGACCUUCCGCGCCAGCUCCUACCUGCUCAGCCACAUUAAAGUGCACACGGGGGAGCGACCAUACGAGUGUUCCAUCUGCGAAAAGAAAUUCCGCGUCUCAGGCGAUCUCAAGCGGCAUUCACGCAUCCACGAUCCCAGCAGAACAACGCAACCGCCUGCGGAAAAAGCUAAGAAGAAGAAGGCAGUCGCGAACAACAAACUAAUGCCAAUCGAAGAGGAUGACGAGGUGGCCACCAACAUCCAACACAAUAAGUCUGACGCCAUGCGCGACCAAACUGGGCAGAAAAUCCUGGGCUUAUAGCCAUGCUGUGCCAAGGUUUCUUCGAAGUAGUAUAAGUCUAUGUCUAUCGUACGCACUUUUGUACAAGUUCUGUAUAUAAUCGUAGUAAGUAUUUAUAGAAAGAAGAAAAUCUUGUGUCGGAGCUUCAAGUUUAAGAAAAUUCCCGUUUAAAGUCAAGUCUUGAAUAAAUCUGUACAUUACUUAAGAUA